UUUUGUAUGUACGUUUCACCAUUUGGUAAAUUGUGAGACAGGAUUUAAAAAUGGCGGACAUUUUUGUGAAUGCAUAUGUUGUCGACAAUCGAUAAGAGUUAAAAACCAAUGGGUAUCGAAAUUAUGAAAGAAAUAAUCGAGUUGCGAAGUUUAAAGUGGUAGCACGAGGAAUAGCUGCCGAGACGUAAAGUUAUUCAAGAAAGAUGGCUUACAAUUUUCCGGGUGUACCAGCAACCGCUAUGCCACCAAUGGCUAUGGGACCAAUGGGGCCGCUGGCCCCAAUCCCAGGUCCGCAAGGCUUCAUGGAGCUUGCGGGUCAAGGAUUUCCUCCUCUUCCUCCUCCGAUACCACUGCCUGGAAUGAAUGAUUCUCCUUUAGAGUUUAGUACGAAUAAGAAUCAACCGCCGGUAGCUAGGGAAACCUCAGAAGACAACAGCGACAAAAGAAACGAAAAGAACAACGUUAAGCGAGAGAGGGAGAAUAGGGACAAUAGAGGUAAUCGAGAUAACAGAAGAUCCAGAAGCGAAAGAAGCGAUAGAAGAGAGAGAGAUAGGGAGAGAAGAGAGGAAAGAAACGAAAGAGAUCGAAGAGAAGAAAGGAGACCAGAGGAACGGAAUAGUAUAAAUUCUACGAAUAGCAAUAACAGUCAUAAUAAUAAUUCAAAUGGUAACGAAAUUCCGUCGUCGUCGAAUACUAGCGGUACUCCAAAUUUAGGACCACAAAUGGAACAAGCAACCGGGGUUUGGGGAAUGAGCGUGGGGUACCCGGUAAUGGGAAUGGGUCCGAUGGGACCGAUGGGACCAGUGAUGAGCGAAAUGACGCUUGGUCCGCAUAUGGGACAUACUCAUAGCUACGGGCCUAUGAGCAUGGGAAUGAUGUCGCACGACGGUAGCAUGAUAGGUGCUCAAAUAUUAGGACCGGAACAAAUAAUGAACGAUGCUGCUCAGAUUAUGAGCGGUGCUUUACCUCCGCCACCUACGACGCCGCAAGGUUCCAAAGAGAUCAUACAUUGUAAAAGUUGUACUCUCUUCCCACCGAAUCCGAACGCUCCACCACCGACAACCAGGGAAAGACCUCCAGGAUGUAGGACCAUCUUUGUCGGAGGUUUGCCAGAAAAUAUUACGGAAACGAUAAUUCAAGAAAUAUUCGAACAAUGCGGAGAAAUAACUACCUUACGUUUGUCUAAAAAAAAUUUUUGCCACAUACGUUUUGUACUAGAAAGCAGCGUCGACGCAGCUAUUUAUUUGUCAGGAUAUAGAGUUAGGAUAGGAUCUAGCGGUGAUUCUGCAAACACUGGCAGACUUCACGUUGACUUUGCUCAGGCUAGAGAUGACCAAUACGAGUGGGAAUGUAGACAACGUCAAUUGCAAAGGGAGCAACGGCAUAGAGAAAGAGUAGAAAAAGAAAGGCAAAGAGCACCGUCCAGUCCUCCUCCGGUGGUACAUUACACGGAUCACGAAGCAUCGAAUAUUUGUGAGAAAAUUAAACAGGACGAUACGUUCAUGAAAGCAGUGCAAGUGGUCGUAACAUGGCUCGAGCGCGGAGACUGCACGAAACGCAACGCCAACACAUUUUAUUCGAUGAUUCAAUCUACGAAUUCUCACGUGAGAAGAUUGCUAACAGAGAAAGUCACGUACGAAGAGGAGCUUCAGAAGGCGAAGGAACUGAUGAAAGGCAGGAUGCAGGGACUCCUAAUACAAUUCAGUCAGAUUGAACGCGUCUUUACUGCGGCCAGCCACAAGAAGGUCUGGGAUCACUUCACAAAGGCUCAACGGAAGAACAUCGAAAUGUGGAAGAAACAAUCCUCGGAGAUCAAAGCGGUGCAAUUGGAAGAGACCCUAAUGGAAGGCGAAGGAGAAAUGGAAGUAUCCGAUUCGGAGGAAGAACCGCAACGUAAAAAGGUACGGAAUCAGUCAGAUGUACACGACGAUUCCGAGAGAUUGCAAGCUUUGAAGGAAGAAAAUGAUAGUCUUCGAUGUCAAUUGGAAGCGUAUAAAAACGAAGUGGAUCUACUUAAAUCCGAAACGAAAAGCGACAUAGACGCGAAAGAUAAGCAAAUGAAAAUGUUGCAACAAACUUUGAAAGGUAUGCAGGAGCAGUUAAUGCAAUCGAGGAAGCAACAAGCGCAGGACGAUCAGAAAAUAAAGGAUUUGACCGUGAAGCUAAAUGCUACAAAAAAGGAAGAACCUAGGGAAAGCGAAGUAAUAACGUUGGACAAAGACGACGACAUAAACGAGGAGCCACGAAUUCCCAAACAAUUAGUUCUAUCGUCUAGUUUUGUCCAAAUUACUCAAAAAGAUGCCAAGCUCAUAGGAUUAAUAGCAACAUUCUUACAUAUACAUCCAUUCGGUGCGAGCGUGGAUUAUUUAUGGUCUUACUUACAAAAGAUGGAACCAGGUAUCAAACCAAACGAGGUGGAAGCUUUAAUGCAACGAUUUCCUCAAGUCUUUAAACAAGAUUUAUUCGGAAUUGGAGCAAACAUGGAAAGACGUUGGCAGUUUUCAGGUUUCAACGUGUAUCGUAGUCAUUGAGAUUUUUGUGUACAAAUUAAUUUUGGAGCAGAAAAUCUGUUAAAGAACUUGAUAAUAUCGUCUCGUCUCGUGUCGUUUAGAUUUUUAUUGUGAUACUUAUUUUUUACGGCAAGUCUUUAUUUAAAAUCUCUCAUGGAAAUGAAAAUUUGCGAAUAAAAACUAUUAUUUUCGAAGAUAUAAUACUUUGGAAAAAAAACAAUAAUCAAAUUGCUUACACCCACGAGCACCAACUAAAUUUGUUCGAAAAACUCUUUAAAUACAUUCGCAAAGUCUUAAUGUAACGGUGAUAGUAGAAAUAUUGCGAAAGCAGCCAUUAGCCGUUAGUAGACAACAUUUUUACAAGUUUCUUAGCGUGUGUAAAACGGCAUGUAAAACGAUACGUUAUUAAUUCUCUAGUGUUAUUUUUACGUAAAAUACAUAUGCGCGAUGUCUUAAUUUGUUAAUUAUAAAUAAAUUAAAAGAGCUUUUCACAUUAAAUUUCAAGCAAUUGCUUAUUAACUCAACCACCAAUAAAACUUUGCAAUGUUAUACAUA